GUCAUGCAUGGAGCAGGAAGUGAGCUCAAUGUGUAUCCAACAGCCACCUGAGCUGCAGAGAGAGGCCGGUGGUGUCUGCAUGUGCUGCAAUGUGACUCCCUCUGGUCAUGGCAGGUACAUGUAAGAGUCCAGGCUCUAUAACUCCUAGAAAGGCAGACUUGAUCAACAGUGCCAGAAAACUGAAGGACAAUGCAGCAGACUGGCAUAACUUCAUGCUGAAAUGGGAAAAUAUUAAUGAUGCCGGUUUCUCAAUAGCAAAUAGAAUUGUUAACAUUAAACUUGGCACCCGGAUUGAAAGUCCAGACAAGUUGGAAACAUUGGAAGGGGAUGGAAAUGACUCUCACCGUGGAAAUGCCCACGUGCAAUAUAACAAAGAACUGGAAGAAUGUUGCACAGAGUUGCAGGACCUUCUGGACAAAAUGGCAAAGUUGGUAUUAAAGAUGGAAAGGUUAUCUUCAACCAUGAAGGGAAUAUGUGAACUUGAACAUUAUUAUCAUGGUGAAACUGAAAGAGAAACUCCUUUCUUUAACACAUGGACAACAAAAUACUUCUAUGAAGUCUCGGUACAGUUAUCUGAAAUGUACAGAAAAGAAAUGCAACUGAAACAAUUAAUUGCUCAAGAGAUUGCCCACACGAGUGACCGUAACCUGAUGCUGAUGCAACUGUCUGCUUGGCUAUACCAGCCCUAUGUAGAGGAGAAAGCCAAACUUCUAGUCGAGAGCAUGCUCUUGGAAACUGGACACAGGCCUCUAUAAACAAAACUGACAAGUCAUUUGCAAAUCAAACACACCAGUUACUUAGUAUUGCCUUUCAGAUUUGUGCACUUUUUCAAAUCCAUAAGAAUCAUUAAAAGUCUAAGGGUCUAAUCUGAGAUUGAUUCAAUGGAGGGGUGCAAGAGGGAGGAUACUGAUUUUAAAUAGCUAAAAUGCAUGAGAUUUUCUAACAAAAUGGACAGAGGGGUAGGAUAUGUGUUUGUAAAAUAAAAAUGAUUUUGACAGCA